AUGCAGGAGUUACCCGCCGAAGCACUCACCUCUCUCUCCGCCUCCCUCACUCACAUCACCAUUUCCAACUGCCCCGCCCUCUCCUCCCUCGCGGACGAGCUUUGCCAUCUGCCCCACCUCUGCUCCCUCACUCUCUCCUUCCUCCCACUCCUCACCUCCCUCCCUGCCUCCCUCCACCUCCUCUCCCACUCACUGCACCAUCUAGACAUCUCCUCGUGUGAUUCGCUGCAGAGUCUCCCCGCGUCCCUUACCGCCCUCUCCGCCCUGCGCUCCUUGAAUGUCUCUGCCUGUGGCGCCCUCGCUUGCCUGCCGUCCGCGCCUGCGGCGCUGCCGUCCGUUCAUGCUGCACGGGGGGGGAGCAGCCUGCGCGUCGCUCUCUAUGCGCGCCUCACCGCUCUCCCUCGCACCUGGAUGCACCUGCCGUCGCUGCAGGAGCUGAUCGUGGACGGUAACGGCCAAAUGGAGUCACUCUUUGACGGGGAUGACACUGUUCAUAAUGAUACUGUUUAUUAUGACACUGUUCAGUCUGACACUGUUCCUCCAUUCCCCUCUCCUCUCCCCUCUUUGCAUUCCCUCACUGUCUCCAACUGUCCUCACGUCUCCCGCCUCCAUGCCUUCCUCUCCUGCUCCCCCACUCUCCUCCACUUGAAGCUGCACGGCCUCUCUACUCUCGCCCUCCUCCCGUUUCACACCGCACCCAAUGCUGAUGUAACGGGUGUGGCUUUAACGGGUACAGAUGUGGUAGCUGGCGCUGGUGCUGCUGCUGCUGUAGGAUCGGAUACACUUGAAGGGUCCGGUGGGAUGAUAGGAUUGGUGACACUUCAAAUUGACUCGAAGGACAACACGCACAUCACACACCUCCCUCACUCACUCUUCUCCCUCCCCUCCCUCGCCACCCUCACUCUCUCACACCUCUCGCACAUCGCCUCCAUCCCCCACUCCCUCUCCUUCCUCGCUCCCACCCUCACUCACUUGCACAUCAGCCACUGCCCCUUGCUGACUGCCCUCUCCUCCUCCCUCUGCCGCCUCUCCUUCCUGCGAUCCCUUGUCAUCCAAUCAUGUGCGUCCCUGACGUUUGUCUUGGGAGACGGACCAGGAGAGGCAGGAGAAGUGGGGGAGGGGGAGGGAGGUGGAGAAGGAGAGCGGGAGAGGGAGUGGGAGGGAAAGGACGGGAAGCGGGAGGAGGAAGGGGAGGGAAAGGGGGAAGUGGGAGAGGGGGAAGUGGGAAAAGGGGAAGUGGGCGAGGUGGGGAAUGUGGAGGAUAUGAAGCGGCAUCAUGAGAUGGAUGCUACUAAGGAGGUGCCCAUUGUUGGCAAUGAAGGAGAUAAUGUUGCUGCUGCUAUUGACAUUGAUCUCAACCUUGAGGACUUCGUGCUCAAGAAGCAAGAGAAACACAUCUCUGUGCUUCAGACUCAGUACAGGGAGAUCCGGCGUGGAAACCUCUACCAGCCUGCUCCUGCAGCAGAGCGAGUCGCCAACGCCGCUAACAGCCGUGCUGCACCUGCUGAUGCACCUCCUGCUGUUCCUCCUCCUACUGGAGCACGUGCUGAGCCUCCUACUGCAGCAGCAACUGCUUUUGGCUCCUGCCCUUCGGCCCUGCCUCGUUUUGUCCACGGCAAAACUGACGUUGAGACUUGGCUCUCCAUUGCGGAGGACUUUAUGUCCAUCCACAAUGUGCGUAGCGAGGCUCGCGUGGUCGCUGCGACCCUUGCCCUGGACGACACUGCGAGCAAGUUGGUGUAUGCCAACAAGCACCACGCAGAGGCUAAUGGCCAUCCUUUUGGCUGGGAGGAGUUCAAAGCUGCCAUGCUGGCGGCAUUCCUGAGUCAGCCCCCGGCGCUCGAGGUGCGUAGUUGCCUGGAGAACAUCCAGUGCGGUGACCAGCCUGUACGCGAGUACGCCAAGGAGUUUGAGAAAACUCUGUCGUUGCUGAAGACUGCUCUUCCUGAGAGCAAGGUCAUCCACCAAUUCUUCAAGGGACUCCCUGAGCACAUCAAGCGUGUGCAUGUUGUGCGUGGGGAGCACCAGUGGAGGACCUACAAGGAGUGCAAGGAGCAGGUCAUUGACGCGGAUGUCAAUUUCCGUGCGUACAUGACUCACGUUCGUGCUCAGCAGCAGCCUAGUGCCGAAGGCCCUAGGGGGGGUGGUAGCAGGACUCAGGCACACAGGGGCGGUGGCUCUUGGAAGAGGCCCUAUCAGCAGAAGGGGGAAUCCUCUGGGACUCAGUCCAAGAGGGCCCAUGCUGGGCUUGCCAAGGAUCCUCAGGAUGAGGAUAAGCCCUCGGCGGGUUGCCGCAUCUGUGGCAAGCUCGGCCACAAGUCCUAUCAUUGCGGUUGGAGGAAGUCCGUCAAGAACUCCGGCAAGCCCAACCAGGGCAAGAAGCCGGAUGGUUCUGGCCCUUCGGGCUCAAAGGAUUUUCCGAAGUCCAACUAG